AUGACGUUGUAUUACUUGUCACAAGCUACUAAAUUAGAUACGAGAAAAAAAUUGUUAACCAUACCAUUUCAAUCGUCAAUUUAUUUUUGUGUGUAAACAUUUAUUAAAAUUAAAGCCAUAUUUCGAACAAAUCACAGAAACAAAUAGAAGAAAAUCCAAGGCUAUUCAAACAAAAUGCUGUUAAACAAAUGGAAAACACUUGUAAAUCACACAAUAGUCAUAAAUAUUUAUUUCAUAGUGAUAUGUUGUUGCAUUAGCUUUAUCAAAUGUGAAAAUGUAGUUGAGGAAUACGAUGGAACCAGUGGUUUAUAUUCGAUUGAGGGCAAAGUGUAUGCGCCCGAAAUUUAUUCGGCCAAUGAUUUCAAUUGGCAACGCGACACAGUGAUUACGAUAAACAACGGUGAAUAUUCGGGUUUUCUCAAGGAGGACGGCACAUUUGUCAUCAGUGGCAUUCCAUCGGGUAGCUAUGUGGUAGAAGUAUCGAAUCCAGACUAUUAUUACGAAUCGGUUCGAGUGGAAAUCAAUCCGAAGGGGAAAUUCCGAGCACGUAAACUGAAUUACGUUCAGCCAUCACAAGUUGUGCAAGUUCCUUACCCAUUGAAAUUGAAGGCGCUCACACGAUUCAAGUACUUUCAAACACGUGAACAAUGGAAGAUCACCGACUUCUUGUUCAGCCCAAUGAUCCUAAUGAUGGUACUGCCAUUGAUACUCAUGGUCAUUUUACCACGAAUGAUGAACGACCCAGAGACAAAGAAAGAAAUGGAAAACAUGAACCUGAACAAAAUAUCCAGUGAAAUGCCGGAAAUUAGCGAAAUGAUAACAUCAUUUUUCACUGGCGGUGCAAAACCAGCUAAAAAAGACGACAAACCAAAGUCCAUCUCAUCGAAACAGUCAAAGAAACAGCGUAAUUAAAAAAGAAUCCCAUUGAGAACACGUCACCAUUGCGGUGUGUUUUCUUACUCAACACGCCAUUCAACUUAAGAGAGACACAUCCAACAACUGUUAUUUAUACCCGUGUUUUACCAGGUUACACACAACACAAACAGAAAAAAAAAAUACAAUAGAAAACAAAACAAAGCAAAGCAAAGCAAAGCAAAAGAA